GCUGGAGAAGGGGUUUGAAUUGGCCGAGACUGCUUGGCGGUUUCCGGCUGAAGCUGCGGCGAAACUGCCAAGUAUUUCCAGCGGUCUCGUGUCGGGUCAUGGUGCCAGUAUGUGCAGGUUUAUGCUGUUUAUACCUUGAUGGGAAUUGUCAACAAGAGUUCGAGAUUUUGUUCCAGAGACAGAAAUUUGGAGAAGCACAACAAGGAGAAUGGCUGCGUCUCCUGUAAAUGAGCACCAGGAUCUGUUUUCAUUCAGGGAUCUGGAUGUACACUUUUCCCAGGAUGAGUGGAAAUGUCUGGAUUCUGCUUGGAGGACUUUAUACAUUGAUGUGAUGUUGGAGAACUACAGAAAUCUAGUAUUUAUAGAGAAACAUCGCAUAUGUGGUACAUAUGAGAACAUCAUGGAUCAAGGCUCAAAGAAUAUCCAAAAGAAGCCUUGUAAAUAUAAUGACCUUAGCAAAAAGCUUUAUGGAUUCUCCCAGUGUUCACCUUAUAACACCAGCGAUAUUGCAGGAAACCAUCAGAGAAUUCACACAGGAGAGAAACCUUUCAAAUGUCCAGAAUGUGAGAAAUCCUUUAAAUAUAUUUCAGAACUUAGAACUCAUCAGAGAAUUCAUACAGGAGAGAAACCUUACAAAUGUACUCAAUGUGAGAAAUCCUUUAAAUAUACCUCAGUACUUAGAAAGCAUCAGAGAAUUCAUACAGGAGAGAAACCUUACCAAUGUCAGGAAUGUGAGAAAUCCUUUAAAUAUCUCUCGGUAUUUAAAAAUCAUCAGAGAAUUCAUACAGGAGAGAAACCUUACGAAUGUCGGGAAUGUGGGAAAUCCUUUAUCUAUUUCUCCAUACUUAGAACUCAUCAGAGAAUUCAUACAGGAGAGAAACCUUACAAAUGUUGGGAAUGUGAGAAGUCUUUUACAACUAAUACAAAUCUUAGAACUCAUCAGAGAAUUCAUACAGGAGAGAAACCUUACAAAUGUAGGGAAUGUGGGAAAUCCUUUGCAUGUGCCACAACGCUUAGAAAUCAUGAAAGAACUCAUACAGGAGAGAAACCUUACAAAUGUAGGGAAUGUGAGAAAUCAUUUGCAUAUAGCUCACAUUUUAAAAAUCAUCAGAGAAUUCAUACAGGAGAGAAACCUUACAAAUGUAGGGAAUGUGCAAAGUCUUUUGCACGUAGCUCAAAUCUUCAGACACAUCAGAAAAGUCAUGCAGGAGAAAAAACUCAUAAAUGCAGGAAAUGUGAUAAAUUCUUUAAGUAUAUAUCAGGUCUUAGGACUCAUGAGAGAAUUCAUACAGGAGAAAAUCCUUAGACAUGUUGAGAAAGUGAGAAAUCAUUUACAUGUGCCUCAACUCUUAAAAAACACCAGAGAAUCCAUACAAGAGAGAAACCUUGUACUAACUGUCACUAAUGCUUUAGCUAGCAGACGCAGCUAAGAAUCCAUCAGAAAAUUCAUACUGAGGAGUAAAGAUUCUGUUGUAAAUGAUUUUUGUAUGUUUUCUUCAACUCUGCCUUUAAAGAUCCACACCAGGAAAUAUUACAAACAUGAGAAAGACUUUAUGUAAUGUUCAACUCUUAGAAUAUCUAUAGUUUAAACAGAGGAAGAAUUCUAAAUGUAGAAAAAAUUCAUUAAAACGUUUUGUUUUUAACCUCAUACUGUAUAAUUUAUGCAAAAUUGUAAAAACAGGAAGGUGCUGUUGAUUAACUCUUUUCUGGAGACUACAACAUUUCAUUGUGAAGUAAAGGUAAUAACACAAAAAAUAAUGCCUUUAUAUAUCAUCGGAAAGUCUGCAAAACUGAAAGGAUUUCUUAUGCUUAAAUUUCUUAAAGAAACUCAGAACUUUAAUGCUGCUUAGAAGAGCCUCUGAUGAAUUGAGCUACCAAGAAAUGACACUCUCCAACAUGUACAUAGACUUAUAUGUGUGCAGUGUGUUCAGGGCAUCCACUGUUCUUACUAUGUAUCCGAAGUUGGGUUGGAAUUUCAUGGCAGCAACUGUCUAAGUCCCUUUUACUACUGGAAACAACUCCCUUUACAUAUUCCUGUAAGUAACCCAAAUAAAACUCAUUCAUUCAA